GAACCAGAGCUAUGAAUCAAGGUAAGAAUGCCAAGCCAAUUGGUAGAGGUAGAGGAAGAGGGACCAGAGCUAUGAAUCAAGGUAAGAAUGCCAAGCCAAUUGGUGCUGGAGUUGGUGGACAGGGACACACAGGAUUGGACUUGCCAAUCGGAAAGUUGGUUGCUGUUCGUGAUGAAUUGGUUGCUCAGAAAAGUGCAGAAAAGUUGGCUGCUGCUGAGGAUGAGGGAAGCACAAGUCCACUUCCUGAAAGGAUACAGAUUGGCAACUCCCCAGUGUAUAAGUUGGAGCGGAAGCUGGGAAAAGGAGGUUUUGGACAAGUAUAUGUUGGAAGAAGGCUGACUGGAGGCAGCGGUUGCUCUGGGCCUGAUGCCUUUGAGGGGAACUGUUCGCUAUGCAAGUGUCCAUGCUCAUUUAGGCAGGACAGGGAGCUGAAGAGAUGACCUUGAGUCUCUUGCUUAUACUUUAAUAUUUCUUCUUAGAGGAAAACUUCCCUGGCAAGGUUACAUUAAAAGAAGAUGGGGUAGCUGCUGGAGUCUCGGAUCAUGGAGAAUGGGAGGAUCAGUGCUACCGAAAGCAUCGAUCCAUCACUCUUGGGUCAAUAAAGGAAUUCAAUUUUGACAGCACAAAGUCAGAAUUUUCAGAUAAGCCUACCAAUGGCUCAGAGUGGUGGGCUAAUGAAAAAGUAGCUGGAAAGGAAUCUAAGCCUGGCAACGGUUGGACUUUCUUUCCCAUUUUGCAGCCAGGAGUCAGCUAACAUAGAAAAUAUUUCAUCAUAGCUUCCCCUCUGUGAAAGGACUUUGAAAUCAAUUGGAUUUGCAACUGUAAAGCAACUAACCCAUCUGUUGUAAAUCUGGAGUUAUACAAUUUUGAAGAUACGGCUACAGCUUGGCAAAACUUGGGAUCAAAUUGUUGUUGGAUGAAUGGAUGGAUUGCAGAGAUGAAAGAACUGCUUAUGAAUGUGUUAGGAGCAGAAACAAGAUGCAGAGAGGAGAUAAUAUUCUAGGAAUUAGUGUGAGUACUGAUAGAGCAUUCUUUGUAAUAUUUCUUGAUGUUAUACAAAGGGAUAGCAUUCGCUUAUAGGGGGUUUUGUUGUGGACUACUUUUUCUUGUAAUGUGUAACAAUAAAAAAAUGAAGAAGCUCAUAUUUCCACAUUUUUUAAGAGACCUCUAAAUCAUUUGGUGAUC